CAGCGCAUCCGUGGAUCGUCGACCACCUUCAGUUCGUCUUGCCAUACUUGCUCCCGACUUAACCCACAGCACGGACAAAACCUUGUGGCCGCACUCGCAGUCGGACAUGUGAUCUCUUGCAGCACCAUAACUUGUCUCCGUCAAAGUGUCCAUCAGAAACAGCAAUAAUGUCGGCAUCACUUGCACCCGAGUGCAACGAAGUCAAGGAACGCUACGAUACAUGCUUCCUCAAGUGGUACAGCGAGAAGUAUCUUCGUGGAAACGGCAACACAAAGGACAAUGAAUGCGACAGUCUGUUCAAAGACUAUCAGAAGUGUCUGACUGUUGCACUGAAGGAGAAGGGCAUAGACAAGCUGAUUGACGAGGCGCGGCAAGACAACAAAGAAAAUGAUGCCAUACAUAUGAAGCGGAAAUGAGAACGAAACCCGUAAGAUAAGCAGUACUUGGUGGCGUUAUAGGAAAUCCCAAUUCACAUACUUAGCGUACUCACUGCGGCCGGUUCUGGCGAUUCGUGAAUGCAUACACUAUUAUUGGGGAUACGGAGCAG